UAGGGAGUGCAAACAGGGCAUGUGCCCUGGGGCCAGGGGCCCACAGUGAGGGCCCUACUGUGACCAUGGCUGGUUGUAUGGGGGGCCCAGUAAGUGUCUUGCCCUGUGGCCCUGCGUGCAAUUCUUCCGGCAUUGCUUCUAAUGUGUAUUUUUUAUGUUACAGUCCAGACCAAUGCUUCAGCAUCGAUUCUCUUUUCCAUUCGCAACACAGGACUUGGCAACCAGCCGAAGAAUGUCAGAGGGAGAACUGAAAAGACUCUUGGUUCGGUGGAGCAGUGUAAAAGGCUCAGCGCACAUACCCUGCCUAGAGAUGGAUGUCAUAGAUAUCGCUAACGAAGCCCGGCAUGUAAGACGUGCCAUGUUGCUUUUCGACGCUCUCCUGGUGAGCAGGGAGCAGAUGUUCCUGGACUCCAUCGACGAGCUCAACAACAUGGCCGACAAGCUGGGCGGCGGUCAGAAGAAGAUGAAGGCGGCGGGCAUCGCUGGUGGCACUGUGGGGGGCGUGGGUGUGGCGGCUACGGUGGCAGGUGUGGCCUUGGCUCCAUGUACUAUGGGAGUGUCUUUGGUUCUGGCGGCUGCCGGUGUUGGAAUGGCCGCUGCCGGUGGUGCCGGAGGAGCUCUGGCGUUGAAAAAGAAAACGGCCAACACACGGAGGAGGAAGAAGGUGGAGGAGAUCGUGCAGGACUACAAAUCCAACAUGGCGGACGUGGAGGACUGUCUGGGGUUUAUCGCUCUGGGCAUGGAGCGCUUGAGACAAAUCCACCCGAACGUCAUCCAACAAUUGGACGUGGAAACGUACACGAUGCAUCGGCUGGCGGUGGAGCUCAGAGAUCAAAAGGCCAACCUGAGACUGAGUAGGCGUUCCUCCAGCCUUUCCGCAACCGGCAUGGACAUCUUGGUCAGCAAGAGUGACAAGAACAGCGAGGCGGCCAGGAAGAUCCGACAACAGGUCGAGCUGAUGGAGAGCGGCCUGGGGGAGUUGAUUGGCAUCAGGGAUAAGAUUAACUAUGUAAAUACAGUGCAUAUGUUAUACUAGACCUCUUUUUCUUAACCCUUUGAGGAGUACCAUCACAAAUAUGUGAAUAGAAUUUUGCCCAAAUUUUGAGUUCUCAUUAUGAUGUCAGAAGGACUUUGCAAGAUUUUAGCACAGACUUCUAUGGGAGCUGUAGAGUGUUCAAGUAAAAUUCUAGAAGAACCUGGGGAAAGUCCUUACUCCUAAAAAAGCACCCUGUGCCCAAGACAAGCCGUGCACCCCCAAUCCAAACUUCUACGCCUGUAUGCUAAACAUUUUUUAACUGACUAAUUAGGAUGAUGGCGUGGGACAUUAGCAAACCUCCCUGCCUCAACACGUAGUCAGGCCUUUGGCUGAUAUGGUAUUGCCAGAGAUGUUCUACAGCGAACUCCGAAAAACUUUGCAAUCGCACUUUGUAUCCCAUGUCAGAUUUUGCUGUUGGGGCACGGGUUCAAGACUGAGUAAGGCUUGCACCGAAUGAUCACGGUUGCAUACUGCAUACUGCCCUACAAAAGGCAAAGUAUGUACAUACUUUGUCAAAAUUGAGAAAAUGGUCUUCAUAACAUCUCCUUUGUCUUGUGACAAAGGCUCAUGGUCCAAAUGUGUCCCAUUAUGUCAAAUUUGCAGUAUAUCAAACCUAAUGCCAAACCUUUGAAGGCAUUUUUCUCAGUUUCAAAGUUGGCUUAGUUACUGCACUUUGCUUUUGUAGGGCAGUAUAAAUCACUCACCUGCAGUAUGCUCAGGAAUACUUUUGCAAUAUCAUUUAUGUUAUUAAUGAUGUAAUGUUGCUAUAGACAUUGUAUAAUAACUCAUUCAAGUCAUAUGCAACGGGACAUUUUGUGUUUGAUAUGUAGUCUGAAUAGAUGUGUGCAAUAACAGUUUUCUUAAUAUUUUCUGUAAAAUCAUUUUCACAGCAGAAAUAUGUGAUAGUCUUUUAAUAUAUGCUGCGUGCCAGUAAUAAAUAAACAGUAUAGCGCAUACAGUCAGAGAUGGGACCAAGUCACUAUUUGCAAGUUGCAAGUAAGUCUCAAGUCCUUACAAUCAAGUCCGAGUCAAGUCACAAGUUAAGACACAUUUGACCAAGUCAAGUCCAAGUCCAAGUCGUGCCAAAGCCAAGUCAAGUACAAGUCCAAGUCUCAUUUUUUCCAAGUCCUUAACAAGUCACCUUGUCCUCUAUGUGCACUAUUGACGAUUAUUUUUGGUCAUAAAUUCAUUACCUCUCCACACUGCUUUGCAUGUCCCCCUUCGCCAGUCAUUUCCCUUACAAAAAUCGACCAUGGUAUACCAUGAUUUCAUGCUUUUUUGAGCAUGGUUCGGCAUGGUUUUUGGUUUGACUAGGUUUAACAAUAAAAUGAACCACGGUUUUACUCUGAAAACUAACCAUGGCUUCACCACGGUUUAUGAUUACCGGUAUUCAUUAAAUUACACUUAGUUGCCGCUUCUUUUAUCCAGACUGUCAUUGGUGACAGUCCUUGGAGCAAUGUGGGGGUUAGGUACCUUGCUCAAGGGCACUUCAGUCAUGGAUGGAGGUGUAGGCAGAGGUAGGCCUAAGGGUGGGAUUCAAACCUGCAACUCUGUGAUCUUCAGUCCAACUCCCUAACCAUUACACCAUGGCUGCAAACAAGUUUUCAUGGGUUUUUUUGGGUGACCAUAUGACCCACAAUUAAUUAACCAUGGUUUUUUGAGCAUGGUUUGUGACUAUGGUUAAACCAUAGACAGACACAAACCAUGCUGAAAGAAACAUGAAAACCAUGAAUAACCAUGAUCCAUGGUUAGUCAGGAACGACUGUUUUCAUGGUUACAAAAAAACAUGGAUAAGCCAUAGUGAUACUAUGGAUGGUUCAGAGUACUUAGAAAGACCAUGGUACUACAGUAAAACCAUGGUUACUACAGUUAAACUAUGAACGGUUUUCGUAAGGGGUUCUAAACAAAAAUAGUAGGCCUACUGGUACUGUUUAAGAUUAAAUCGUUUAUUUUUUCUUUCUUUCAUGCAUUUUUUUUCACACACAAAUGCAAAUAUAUAUAUAUUCAGACUUGGAAUGCUAUUGCAAGUCAUUGUAAGCUAAAACUGUCAAGUCAAGUCUCGAGUCAAUAGCGUACAAGUCGAGUCAAGUCACAAGUCAUUCCUGAUAUUGGCAAGUCAAGUCAUUUGUGACUCAAGUCACAAGUCAGUCCAAGUCACAAGUCACAAGUCCACAUCUCUGGUCUGCACUAUACAUUUGUAUCUUCCUUCAACAAACGCAUACUGUGUGGCAUGUGCAGUAACUCCUGUGGCUGCCAUUGUCAAAGUGUUUUCAGAA